AUGUCAAAGGGCACCACCUAUCUGCUGGUCUCGCUGCCCACAUCCAUCGCCCCGAGCAGCCACGCCGAUGAAGCCCUCGGCGCCUUGAGCGCCACGGUUACGCCCGACGUCGGGUCCACCUACCCGUUCGCGAUCCCGACCUUCAAGAUUGGCACCCUUGAUGCGCUGGUGCAGCAGGCCGACGAGCUGACCAAGCUGGAGGCGGCGUGUCAGGGCGUCGUCGUAAAGGUCGGCGACAGCCUGAAGACGAUCCUGGACGGCGACGAGGCCAAGGUGCAGCAGCAGAAGACCAUCAACGACAAGCCCGUCGACCAGUACCUGCGCACCUUCCAGUGGAACAAAGUCAAGUACCGCGCGGACAAGUCGAUCAAGGAGCUGAUAGACUCGCUGCAGAAGGAAAUACAAGGCAUCGACAACGACGUCAAGGCAAAGUACAGCCAGUACAACCAGACAAAGUCCGCCGUCACAGCCGCUGAGCGCAAGCGAUCCGGCAACCUCUCCACCAAGUCCCUCGUCAACGUCGUAGACCCCAAGGCCCUCAUCCAAGACUCGGAGUACCUCGACACGCACCUCGUCGCCGUCCCCAACACCGUCGUCAAAGAAUUCUACAAAUCGUAUGAAGAGCUCUCGCCCAUGGUCGUCCCGCGCUCCGCCAACAAGCUCGCCGAAGACGGCGAAUUCACCCUCUUCGGCGUCACGACGUUCAAGAAGCACUCGACCGAAUUUGUGCACAAGUGCAGAGAAAAGCGAUGGACACCGCGAGAGUACAAGUUCAAGGAGGGCGGGAAGGAGGAGGAGGCCAAGGAAGCAGACCAGCUGGCCAAGGACGAGAAGAAGCUGUGGGGCGAGGCGCUAAGGCUGGGCCGCACGGGGUACAGUGAAAGCGCAAUGAUCUGGAUCCACGUCCUCGCCCUGCGCGUGUUUGUCGAGACGGUGCUGCGAUACGGACUGCCGCUGGACUUUGUGUGCGGGCUGGUGCAGACCAACACGAAAAAGGCGAAAAACGCAAAAACCAACCUCGACACCGCAUACUCGUACCUCGGUGGUAAUGCAUUCGGACGCGACAGCAAAGGCCGCGUCAAGAAGGACGACUCGGCCACGACGAGCGACAUGCAGCAAGCUGGCCACGUCGACCAGGAGUACACGGCGUAUGUUUACUACGAGUUUGAGAUUGUAUAGUUGUGGGCGGACGUGUUUAGAAGCAAAGCAAUGAAUGAGAUUGCCCGUCGCGAGUCAAGACAGCAUACAGACUUUCGAGGAACGCGUGAUUUUCACAUGCAGAAGAUUAUGCUGAUGUUGCGAAUUUGGGGUAUUGGAAUUGAUAUAGUUUAGUUUGAACCUGAACGCCAGCUAAUGCUUCGUUUUUGCUGGAUUUGACAGCGCCCUUUACAGAAAUCCUCGUCGCUCAACACUUUCAUUCCGCAUCUACACCCUCCCCACUACGCUUCUUCUUUUUCUUCUCCUUCUCCUCGCCCUCCUCGCGUUUCCGCUUCUUCUUCUUAUCCUUAUCCUUCUUCUCCACCCCCUCAUCCUCCGCCGGCGCAACAUACUCCGCCAUACGCUCA